CCCCAAAAAGGAAGAAGAAGUUAAUGUUUUUUUCGUCGAUGUAUUAAAAGGUUCAUUUAGUUUGUGACAUUCUCUGUCGAGGCACAAUAAUAGUAAUACAAACAUUUUACUAAACAUAUUUUGAAAUACUUUAUGGCUACUAAUAGUCAUUCAAUUUCUUAUACGUGAACGACAACCACCGCACUGCUUCUGUCAGUCAGCUGGGGUAGGUGGGGUCACAAAGAGCCAAGAUGGCUGACUUUGAGGAGCCGCUGUCAGAUGAAGAGAAGGUCCGCAUAGCGGCCAACUUUGUCACUCAUGCACCCCCGGGAGAGUUCAAUGAGGUCUUCAAUGAUGUACGACUUCUUCUUAACAAUGACAACCUCCUCAGGGAGGGGGCAUCACACUCCUUUGCCCAGUACAACAUGGAUCAGUUUACUCCUGCCAAACUAGAGGGCUACGAGGAGCCGGUCCUGAUCACAGAGCAUGGUGACUUGGGUCAGGGACGUUUCCUGGACCCCCGCAACCGCUUGGCGUUCCGCUUCGAUCACCUAAGAAAAGAGGUGAGCGACGUGCAGCCAUAUGAAGGAGAGACGGCCCUGAAAAGCUGGAGAGAUGCCUGUGAUACUUCCCUUAGUGCCUACGUCAAAGAGCACUACCCUACUGGAGUCUGCACGGUAUAUGGCAAAACAGUUGAUGGUCAGCAAACGAUCAUAGCCUGCAUCGAGGGACAUCAGUUUCAACCCAAAAACUUCUGGAAUGGUCGCUGUAGGUCAGAGUGGAAGCUAACCAUUGGUCAGUCCACUGCUCAGGUGGUAGGAGUGUUGAAAAUCCAGGUGCAUUAUUAUGAAGAUGGGAACGUGCAGCUGGUUAGCCAUAAGGAGGUAGAGGAAUCAAUACCAGUGACUAAUGAAAGUCAGACAGCCAAGGAAUUUGUUGACAUUAUAGAGAAUGCCGAAAAUGACUACCAGACUGCAAUCAGUGAGAACUACCAGACCAUGUCUGACACCACCUUUAAGGCCCUGCGUCGCCAGCUGCCUGUCACACGCACUAAGAUCGACUGGAAUAAGAUCCUCAGUUACAAAAUUGGCAAGGAAAUGCAGAAUGCCUAGUCGAAGGUCAGGCACUUACCGUGGAGAUGCACGCUCCACUAGGCCCACAACCCGCCUAAACAUGCGCAAGGACUAACCAAAGCAAAACUAUACAGUGUGGGGCAAGGAAUAAUUGAAAAAAAAACACACAAAAAAAAAGUAUAACUGAAGAUUUGCAGACUAUUAGGCACAGAUUUCCGUCUGCUGUUGGGAAGCUGUGGUUAUGGAGAUGAUCGUGGUUGGAGAAACUGGUUACUUCCGGGUGUGUGUUAUGAAAAAGUUGUGUUGGGUCAGCGUGCAAGGCUGUGCUCAGGACUGCUACAUUAAAGAAGUUAAUCUUCCUUCGGCUGUAUAAGUAAUCACAGAACUCCCGAGAUUCAGGUGUCAAAAGUUACAAUAUUUUACCUUAGUCAAACUGAUGGAGAACUUUGAUUAUGUCACAAGAGAGAUUUCAGCACAUGGAAAGAACCAGCACCACACAAGGCAGCUGAUGAGAGAAAUGAAGCACACAUCACUUAUCAGGGUUUGAUUUUGGACAGGGAAAUACAGAUUUUGUGAAAGUUUUUUGGUUGUCAUGUAUGUUGGAAUCUGCAUCAGUAAAAUCUGGCAACAUAGAAACAACUACCUGCUAUUAACAUCUGGGAGUGGCAUAGUCCUCAGCAUAGCUCUGUCCCUGCACUGUUGACCUGUAUGUGUGUCGGUGUCUGUCAGGGCUGAGAGAGUGUUCACUUGUUUCCUGCUGUGCUCCGCUGAUGUAUGUCUCCAUCCAUGCAAGCAAUGAUGACAGAAUUAAGAUAAAUCAACUUCUAGGCUGUUGCAUCAAUAAUGCACUCUCUGUUCUGUUACUUUGGCAACACCAGCUUUAUUGCUGUACAGCUUUUUCUUUGUGAAAGAAAAAUACUCAUUAACCAAGAUUUAUUUGCCAAAAUCUCUUUCCUAUGGUAAAGAACUCCAUCAUCCCACCCAUGUAUGCAAAUUUCUAUUUUAAUAUGCUGGUUUAUGUUGGAGUCUUAGGACAUUGCACUGAACUAUUCUUAAGUGUAACAAACGGUGUAAUGGUCAAUGCUAAGUGAACGCAAGGCAGUUGUCAUGCACUGUAAGGCAAGAUUAUAUACUGUAUACUAUACAUGAUUUCUGUAAGGCCAUAUCGUACUGUGUGUUACAUAAUGUCUACAUAGGCUGACUCUGGAUCAGUUACUUGUUAGCUAUACAAUGUUCUGUAUUCAACCCUCACACUAUGCUACAAUUGUGUGCCGAUCAGUUAUAAAGUUCAAGACUGUACUGCCCCAUUCUGUUGUACAAAUAAAUGGACUGAACAUCU